CCUUGUCUAAAUCACUAUAAAUAAAUACACCACACAAACCCAAUCUUCCUCCUCAGGUUUUCAACGCACUCUCAUUUCGCAUCGUCUCUUUGGUCAGAUCUCUCUCUACAAUGGCGAAAGAACCAGUUCGCGUCCUCGUCACUGGUGCUGCAGGACAAAUUGGAUAUGCUCUUGUUCCUAUGAUUGCCAGAGGAGUUAUGUUGGGACCAGACCAGCCCGUGAUCCUUCACAUGCUUGAUAUUCCACCUGCUGCUGAGGCAUUGAAUGGAGUGAAAAUGGAAUUGGUGGAUGCUGCGUUCCCUCUUCUUAAAGGUGUUGUUGCUACCACUGAUGUUGUUGAGGCAUGCACUGGCGUCAGCAUUGCAGUCAUGGUUGGUGGAUUCCCUAGGAAAGAAGGCAUGGAAAGAAAAGAUGUGAUGUCAAAGAAUGUUGCCAUUUACAAAUCUCAAGCUUCUGCUCUGGGGAGUUAUGCUGCUGCAAACUGCAAGGUUUUGGUUGUUGCUAACCCUGCCAACACCAAUGCGUUGAUUCUAAAGGAAUUUGCACCAUCAAUUUCUGAGAAAAACAUUACUUGUUUGACAAGGUUGGACCAUAACAGGGCCCUUGGUCAAGUUUCAGAGAGAUUGAAUGUUCCAGUAUCUGAUGUGAAAAAUGUUAUUAUUUGGGGUAAUCAUUCCUCAACUCAGUAUCCUGAUGUCAACCAUGCAACUGUCAAGACACCAGCUGGAGAGAAGCCUGUCCGUGAGCUUGUUGCUAAUGAUGAAUGGUUGCAUGGAGAAUUUAUAACAACCGUCCAACAGCGUGGAGCUGCUAUUAUCAAGGCUAGAAAGUUGUCUAGCGCAUUGUCUGCUGCUAGCUCUGCUUGUGAUCACAUUCGUGAUUGGGUCCUUGGAACUCCAGAGGGAACUUGGGUUUCUAUGGGUGUAUACUCUGAUGGCUCAUACAAUGUGCCAGCUGGGCUUAUUUAUUCUUUCCCUGUUACUUGUUGCAAUGGAGUAUGGACAAUUGUUCAAGGUCUCCCAAUUGAUGAUCUUUCAAGGAAAAAGUUGGACUUGACUGCCGAAGAGCUUACUGAGGAAAAGGCUCUGGCAUACUCUUGCCUUUCUUGAAUUUGCUCCUAACCUCCUUUAUGCUGUAGUAGGUCUCACGCUUUUGUGUGUUUUUGGAAGAAACAGCUACGGUUUUGAAUAAUGCCAUUGUUAUGUGAACACUUAAUGGAAGGAUAGAUAUAAACUCCUCUACUUGGUAAAUGAAUGAGAUUUGUACGGGCAGUUUUUGUCCAAGAUUUUUUAUUUACAA